GCCAUUACCAAACCCCAACGACUACGCAAACGAGAGAAAAUUAAAAUAAAACAAAUUCACGCACUAAAAAAAUCUUCAAACAGAGUCAGCCAACAGAAGAAACAGACAAAGAAUGAAUAGUGUCUUCUCAGUAGACGAUUUCUCUGACCCGUUCUGGCUGUCUCCUCCUCCUCCUCCUCCUCCUCCGCCAUCAUCAACGGAUCCGAAGAUGAAUAGAAGCGAAUCGGAAUGGGCCUUUGAGAAUUUUCUUCAAGAAAUGGCUUCCGUACCGUCCUCCGCCAGCGAAACCCAGACCGCCGCUCCUUCGGUGCUUUCUCAAUCGUCGACGUCAUCGAUACCUCCUGACAAUGGCGAGGAUGAAGUUGUAGAGAUCACAAAACAUCCAAUUCACCACCACCACCACCAAAUUCCUAACCCACAUCCGCAACCGCUGGAUCGCAAUCUAACGGCACCGGUUGAUUCCGAGGAGUACCGUGCUCUUCUCAAGUCGAAGCUCGAGCUCGCUUGUGCUGCCGUGGCCAUGUCUAUGGAAACCAAUGCUGUAAAGCCGGAAGUUUUUUCUUCGUUACCUGAAGAUCAAAGGCUAGCUGCAAGAAAUAUGUCGUUGGGAACACAAUCUUUUCACAAUGGUACUGAUCAAGGCAUUUCAAUGGCACAAAUCGGGGCAAAUGGUGUAUCACUCGGCAUUCCAGCUUUACCUACUACACAGAGAAAAUCAGAUGGUGAAUCACUAGGCAUUCCAGCUUUACCUACGACACAGAGAAAACAAGAGGUUCAAGCCAGGCAAACAACCAGUGGAUCAUCGAGAGAAGACUCGGAUGAUGAUGACCUUGAAGGAGACACAGGAACCAAUGAAAAUAUGGAUCCUGCUGAUUUGAAGCGUGUGAGGAGGAUGCAGUCGAAUCGAGAGUCAGCUAGACGCUCUAGAAGAAGAAAACAAGCACAGCUGAAUGAACUUGAAACUCAGGUUGGUCAACUAAGGGAUGAACGCACUUCACUGCUAUCACGCUUCACUGAUGUAAAUCAAAAAUGUGAUGAUGCUGCUGUUGACAAUAGAAUUUUGAAGGCUGAUAUUGAAACAUUAAGGGCAAAGGUCAAGAUGGCCGAAGAACAAGUGAAACGAGUGACAGGUUUGAACCCAGUGCUUCUAGCAAGGUCUAGCAUGCCGAGCCCUGGGAUGCCAUUUGUUGGUGGCCAAGUGGAUGCUUCUACCAAUGUUGCUGUCCCAAUGCAAACAAACCCCCACCAAUUCUUUCACCAGCCAGUUCAAGGUAUUACCCCUGCUCCUCCACAUCUCCAAAGACUAAACAACAGCUUCCUAAACAGCACCUUAGUUCCGCUUGGCACAAAUCCACAAACUGACAAUGGAAACAGUAAUGAUGGUGGAAUGGCUGUCAUGCCUUCCAUGCAACUCACUGCUGAUGGGCAAAGUUUGCCUGCCAUGCCUUCCAUGCCUUCAAUGCCUUCUAUGCAACAGGUGCAGAAGCAGAUUGGUCCAACUGUUAGUCCUGCUGGGACCUUGCCUGCAUGUGACUCAGGACUUCCUCACGUGGUUGCCAAGGAUGUCAAAAAGAAAUGAAUCGGAUGCUUCUUCCAUUCUGGUUUUUGGAACCAGGGAUUGUAAAGUUCGUCUCUGGGUACAACUGUCGGUUCAUAUAAUUCUAUGACUUUCAACACAUACAGGGUCCUUCUUUUUAAUGGUUUAUAAAUAAGCCUUUUUAGCUGGUAGAUCAUCUUGACUUAUUUUUUUCAUGUAGACGUGGGUCGUGUUAAUGCAACCCAAGUUAUCAAUGGAAGGCUUGUGAUUAUCCCCAUUCAAGGUGCUGAUAUAAGAAGUUACAUUUUUCA